GCACCGUCCGGCGCGUCGCGGUGUAUACGGAGUGCCGUCGGAAUCUCGCUCGGAAUCGCCGCCGUUCGACUACGAUAAUAAUAAUAAUAAUAACAAUAACGAUAAUAACGAUAAUAGAAUCGUCGCGUUCAUCGCGGUAAUCGCCGUUGAAAACCUCGAAACAGUGUAAUUCGCGUUCAGUGUCGUCAGCCAGUCCGAUCCGCCGCCGACAGCCGUCACGAUAGCAUUGACGCGCGGACGGUCGUUGCCAUUAUUGCACGCGCGGGCGCAACCGUUCCGUUUUGACUCUCCGAGACCGUACGGGUGUGCAACGAUAAUUCCGGUGCCGACGACGACGACGACGACGACGAUGAUCGCGGAGAUUUUCUAUUUCGCGUGUUGCACGGGGUUCGUUUUACUGUUGGCGGUCGUCCGGUCGUGCACGAAACCGAAAAACUAUCCUCCAGGUAGGUGGUGAUACAACGCCGGGUCGCGGCGCGGCGUUUAGGGGGGGGGGAGGGUCGUGUCCUCUACGGCCCCCCCCCUCCACCAUAGACAUCAGAUUGCCCGUAAAUAUUAAUUUCUUUCGGAAAUCCGUACAGGAGCUCAGAGUGUUAAUAAAUUAUAAUCACGGCCCGCGUAGAUAGUUGCGCCAUCGCGUUAAUACGCGGUCAGUGGUGGUCACAUUGACUGAUUGACGUCUGGUCAAAGUGUUGGUUAAAACGUGUUUGCACCAAAAGAAUUUCGGCCCUACCCCCCUAGAAGACGAAUCGAAUCCGCCGCUGUUCGGGUAGGUGUUCAUUACGGACCUUCAUACCAACGGGUGGGGAGGGGAGGUAUCGUAAAUUUCCGGGGGCCCGUGCCAAAGGCAGAACCGGAUCUAGGAAUUCUUAUACCCGGGGAAAAAAUUUAGAAAGUACGAUGAUUUUUUUUAUUAUAGCUCGUUAAAAUACGGUUGUUUAUAUAACGCACUAAUUUAGAUUCUGAGCAAAACGAGGAGAUGAUCGAUUUGACUACGAUGUAUACCUAUUUCUUUUUUUCUGUGAAGAAUUUUUCUACCAAAAGUCUUGCUCCUAUCAAAACAUGACAAGAGACUGUUUUUUGUUCCAUUUUAGCUCUUGUUAGCACUUUAAAAAGGUUUUUUUUUUGAAUUUCUCAUUAAUAUUCAAGAUAAUAAGGAAAAACUGCUUCUUCAGGCUAAAAAAGAUUAAACGAUUAAAAAAAUGGACGUCAUUGGCAACCUUUUUAUUUAAUUUUUGUUAUUAUUAAGUUUUUAUUAUUUUAUUGUUUUUUAAACAAUCGAUGUUGUCGUGAAAACACGCACAUUGUUGAAAAAACAAUAUACCUACUAUUGACCGAGCUUCUUUCAGAAUCGUUUUUCGUUAGCAAUGAUUGAUCGUUGUGUACAGUUAUAAAUUAAAUUCCCCUUUAUACCCUACCCUCCCAACUACUCACCUAAUACUUACAUACUACCCACCGUCCCCUGUAUCAGCUCUUUUUUUAAAUUUUAUUGUCAACAAAAUGACUAUUAAUCGGCUCAUAACUCAUUUCACAUUUCAUAUCGCAUAUAGUUCACGUAUAGUAAUAUUGUAUAUUUUAAGGGGGCGAUACACAUUUUUCUACGAGGGGGAGGGGUAAUAUCGCCCUACCCUUCGGAAAUAGAUUAAAUUAUUGUAUGCACGUGUUCCCGUGCAAGUUUUUUUUUCGUCUUACCUGUCUAUCCAUAGACGGCGGCGGAAUGAUUUCGAAAUUUUCAAUGGAUCCUAUCCCACGGGCUAAUCCAGUCGUAAACGGGCGGUUUUGGGAGAGUUUGUCUACCAUAUUGAAAUCAUUUUGUAUGUUUUUGUUCAAAAAAAAAAAAAAAUAAAUAAAUAUAUAUUAUUUUAUCUAAAUAUACACAUGAAUCAUUUUAUAAAACUGGAAUAAAACCCGAGUAGUUGGCAGUGUUGUUCGAAAAUGAUAUGGACAAAUAAUAACCGACCGAAAGCACAAUUAUUUCUAUACCUCUAUAUUUUUGAAAUUUGUGCCAUUUCAAUACUAAACGCUAUUAUAUUUUAUUGUUAUAUCGCUUUGUCUACACAAUAUUCUGGUCCACGAGAGAAGAAACUCGCGUCUCGACCAAAUUUGUCAGAGUUCACGCAGCCCCACCACCAAAUACCUUACUAACUGUAGUACACACGCUGUGACCCGGAAUGUUAGGAAUGCUAGGAAAACUCUUAGGAAAAUCUAAAAAUGACCUGCCUAAAGUACCUUCUCAGUCAAGUUUAUUUUCAGAAAAAUUACUUUCAUUAUAAAUUGAAGCAAAAUUGCUAAUACAAAAGUGGUUCACAGGAAAAAAAAGGCCAUAAUACAUUUUAACUAAUACAUACAUUUCUUAUAUUUUCCCGUUUGUCCUCAGUUUUUUUUUUGAUUUUUCGCAUUUGAUGAGAAAACUUCUGAGAAAAUCGAAAAAAAUGACCUCCUUAGAGUACCUUUCUAGUAAAAUUUCCUUUCAGAAAGGUGUUACACUUAAAAAUCUGAGCAAGACUUUGUAAAACUAUAAGCUUCUUCGCUCCAAUCAGAAUCUAAAAACGACGCGAUUUUCGACGUGCAUUGUUAUCUUGCUGUUUAUUUGUUCGUGGUCAAAAUUAACAGUUGACGAUUAACCGUGGUAAAAAUCCCCUAUCUCUCAUUUUCACAUCACAGACGGUCGGACUCCGGCGACCAUUGCCAGUUAUCUUUUGCAUUUUACAUUUUAACAACCACGGCCCAAUAAAAACAUUUUAUACGGGCCUAAAAAACAUUUAAAACCAUAGGGCUAUCGAAGUAUAGUCUGAAUCCAUCAAAUGAUGUCCCUGUUUUACAUUCAAUCAAUACUGUCAGUUCGAUUGAUGUGACUAUUGAAUUUUUAAGUGUCCUCGAAUUAACGACGUUUUUUUUAUAGUUGAUUGAAUUACGAAUAUUACACUAUUGUAAUAAUAAUAAUAAUAAUAUGAGUAUGCCAGGAAAAUAACUACCAAUUUAUCCAAACCAUCUACAUUAUACUAUAAUAACAGUUCCAAUGAAAAAUUUUAAUGAUCUUAAAAUUUGAAUUUGGCAACAAUAACGCGAUAACCUUCGUUUACAGACUCUCGGGUAGGUAUGAUUCAGUGUUAAAUCAAUUAGCUGUCGAUAUUAUAGCGCUACUUUAUAAUAAUAGCGUUUUUUUUUUUUUAAUCACAUUUUAAUACUUCAAUAGCCUAUGUACUCAUAUAAUAUGAUAAUAAAAAAGUGCACUGAGAACGAUUGUAAUCCGAUAUGUGACGGCAAAAUAUCCGAAUUCCGAUGCAGAAACACGGGGAAAACAGUGGCGUAUAUGGGACGAUUGCCCCCCCCCCCACAUCAAUUAAUUUGUGCAAGUAUUUGUUACAUACAUCUGCCAUAUAUAUAUACACAAAAAUUUAAUACUGCUAGCAAAGUGUCAUCAGACGCAAAAAUAAAAAUAAAAACACUUCAUGGUAAGGUAAUUAGCGUAAAUAUAACCUUGUGUAUAAUAAUUUGAUUAUCGCCCCCCUCCCUUUAAACUUAAACGCGUUUGGAAAUGCCGUGAUUUUUACGUGUUUCGUCAACUUACAACGUACUGCAUGUUAAAAUCCAAAUUUAUUUCUGCUCGGCCGGUACGCACCGUAGUAAAACCGAUGCAUUCCUUGCUAUGUUCAGGAUGUAAAUAAAAAGAAAAUAUUAAAAAUUUGACCUUUGACACAGUGCCCCCUCCCCAAGCCUGUAUUUUUCAAUAAAAAUAACUUUAUAAAAAAAAAAAAAAAAACGUAUUAUACCUAAAUCGACUAUUGCGGACACGUACAAGUGUUUAAUUAGGGAUAUCUACUACCCAUAUACUGUGAAAUAUAAAAUAUGCUCUUUUCUGAAAAAUAUGACUCAGCCUUACCGUUGCACCCUUCCAACUAAGUCUCUGAAACCGCCCCGCCAUCGCAGUCAUGACGAUCGUGGACUAUUGGUGCUUUUACAACGAGUGUAAAAUAUAAAAAUAGUAUUUAAGAAUAAACAACACGUUAACUCUGAUCGCAAUCGCCUUAACUCGAUGGGGACAAUACGGUUCACAUCAAUCCAAACGACCGAACGGCCACGAGCCAUGUUACUCGGAACGCGGUAGCAAAAUUGACAGCUGAUUAAGGUGGCGACGAAAUUCCGUUAUUAGACCUGACCAAUUGACAAUUGUACAGAAUAUACAAUAAUGCGAUGACUAACGGUAUAAAAGGGCGGUUAUAAAUAUGCAGGCAUUUGCCUACAGGGCGGCAAAAUACCUUAGACCGGUUCCGCGUUACUCAUAUGUUUUUAUUAUGUGUUAGUAAUUAUUAUUACCAUACAUUAAUACAUUAUAAGUAAUAAUUUAUAACGUAGAUACAUUUUGUAUUGCGCAUUAAAUUAUAAUCCGUUGUAAUAAAAUUGUUUUUUUUUUUUUGUGUACAAAAAAAAAAUAUCGUAGGACCCAAGUGGUGGCCGUUUGUGGGAAACACGUACGAGCUGAAGAAACUGACAUCCGCCAAAAAUGGCCAAUAUCUGGCGCUGGAAGAGCUCCGCAAAAAGUACGAUUCCGACGUGAUCGGAUUGAAAUUAGGACGCGAAUACGUUGUCGCCGUGUUCGGAAACGACCUGCUGAAUGAGACGUUUUACAGGGACGAGUUCCAGGGCCGGCCGAAUAAUUUUUUCAUGAGACUCCGGACGAUGGGCAAACGCAUUGGUGAAUAUUGUUACAAAUAAUAACGUGGUGUUUUAGUGCAAAAAAAAACCUAAAAAAUAAUAAAAAAAAAAAAACGGGAAUUAAAAAUGGUAUUAUUUUUAGAGAGUUGAACAUUUAAACAAUUAUUACACUACUCACACCGAUAUUGAACCAGAUAUUUUUCCACGGAUUUUCUAUAUAAUAAAUUACCAAAAUGGUUUUGUUCUGAAAAACCUGGCAAUACUUAAAAAAAAAAAAAAUAAAUAAAAAUGGUGAUACCCAACUGGUUUUGGACAAAAUUUUUUGAUAUCACUAUUUAAAAUUUUGAUUUCUGUUUUAUGGUGAGCUACGUUAGAACUAUGGUUUUUUUUUUCAAAUCUAGGAGAGUUAUUGAAUAAUAUUGACUCCAUAAAGUUAAAUUGAUCGAAUAAUAGUUAACUAGUCAACACGUUAAAAACUAUUUAAGCCAAGUCAGAAAUUCAUUGGAAAAUUCAAUUAACUUUUAACAAAAGUUAAUUGUUUUAAAAUAAGAAUGAUUAAUGUUCACUACAAACGAAUUGUUUCGGGAAUAUCAAAUUAUAACUACAUUUUUUAAUUCGAUACUUGAUUACACAUUUUAUACUCGAGAGAUUAAAAAUUUAAUCUAUGUAAAUUAAAAGAAUUUUUGUUAACUUUACAUAAUGUAAUUUAAAUUUAACUCGAUGUUUAUUUAUCAAUUAUCUGUUAUUAAAACGUGAGGCGAUUUCUUGGAUCAGUUAUAUUUGAAGUUCUACCAUACCGAUUUUCGUGGUUUAUUUUUUUUUAAACACAAGUGUUCGUUGUGUAGAAAAGCUCUACAAAUUAAUUAGUUAAAUAGUUAUAAGUUAUCGAAACGAUGACAAAACUGUAUUUUAUACAAUAUUUGCAUUGAGAUUUAUUGUACGGAAAGUCUUUAGACAUAGAUUCUAUAACUGUAUGAGGAACUGGCCAAUUUAUUUUAUUACUUAUAAUUGAUUUGAACCCGUCGGAUUCUACACUUUCCUUUUCAUUUAAAAGACAUCAAUUUACGAAACGAAUACCAUUUGCUAUGACAAUGGACAAAGCUCAAGGCCAAACGUUGGAUAAAGUAAGGUUGUAUUUACCCCAACCUGGUCAACUCUAUUAUGUUGCGUUGUCUCGAGUUAGAUCUUUUAAAAAACAGAAAAUACAAAUAAUACUAAACAACAAUAGAAAUAAAAUGAACGUUGUUUAUAAGCUAAUACUAUCGUUUUAAUUAUUUAUUUCUUAUGUCUAUACAUGCACUUAUUGACUAACUAAUAUCUCAAUUCAUUUAGCUUUUAAAAAAAUUAAGUUAAAAGUGAAAAUCAACUUAAUUUUUAAUUUAAAUAUUAACUUUUUAACUGGUUUAUUUUUUUUUUUUUUUUUUAUUAAGAUAUCAAAAACAAAACAUUUAAUAUACAUUAAAAUUAAAUUUGUUACAGAAUUGAUUAACUUAUCUCCUGUAAGCUUAUGCAGCUUGUGUUGGAGGUAAAAAGCUAUGAUUAAUACUAAAUCUAUAUAUAUAUAAUAAAUAAGAAAAUAGUGUAAAUAUAUUUCAAUUUAAAAAAAAAAAAUUAAAAUUAAAAUUUUAAACACAUCUUGAAACAACUCUAAAAAUAUAUAAACUAGCUUAUUUUCUAAAUAACAAUUUUAAAGGCAAAUUAAUGAAUAAAAACAAAUCAAAAAUAUGUGCUAUAGGUAUAUGAAAAUUCCAUCUUAAGUUAUUAUCAAAUAUAACACCUAAGUAUCGAAUUUUUCCAACUAUUUUAAUCAUUAUGCAGUUUUGUGGAUUUCAAAUUUUAUUCUUUGUGCAGUCACGAGUUGUUAAGGUGUUGUAGUUAAAAGAUGAUUUAUUAAUAGAGAACGGCAUAAAAACAGUUUCAUCAACAUUUAAAGAUAGAUUUCUAACAUUUAAACUAUUUAUUAUCAGACUGAAACCUCUGCAGGCUUUCUCAUGUAGACCAUCCCAUGAUUUAUGAGAGAAUAGAAGACAGCAUAGGUAACUAUUUCCCCAUCAAAAUUAAUAUCACAAAUUUCGUUAACAUAUAAUAUAAAUAGUAUCGGACCCAAAACACUACCUUGUGGUACUCAAUUUCUAAUUGCAUAUGUGCUACCAUUUAUUCCAUUGAUUUUAACUGCUUGCCUUCUAUUAUGUAAGUAGCUUUUAAACCAGAUUAGGCUCGAAUUAUUUAUUCCGAAACUCGGUAAUAUAUUUAAUAAAAUUUUAUGAUUCACCGAAUCGAAAGCCUUGGCUAGGCCUGAAAAAAUUGCUAUUAAUUAAUUGCUGUUAUCUAAACUACUAUAUAAAAAUUGAGCAACUUUAUAAAGAGCAUUAUCAGUGCUUAAACCCGGUCUAAAACCAAACUGGUUUUUUUAUAAUAAUUAAUGUUUUUCUAAAAAUUCUGUCAGUCUAGCUUUGAUAAUUUUUUCAAACAUUUUUGAAAAAUUGUUCAACGUGGAUAUCGGCCUAUAGUUUUUUAUACUUGAUUUAUUACCACCUUUAAAUAAGGGUUUAACAUCUGCUACUUUUAAGGUUUCAGGAAAAAUAUUUUGAACAAUACUUAAGUUAUAUAAAUAGGCAAGAGGAUGCACCAAAAAUUUAUUAAUAAGUUUUAAAAUUUUGACGGAUACCUUAUCCAAACCUGCAGCUGUAUCGUCUUUAAGGCUAUUAAUAAUAUCAAGUAAGCCCGACGAUUCAAUUUUUUUUAGAAACACAUUAUUAAACGAAACGUUUUUAUGAACGUGGUUUAUAUCUGAAGUAAUUGGUUUAUUUAAACUAUUCAUUGCGAUAUUUAUAAAGAAAUUAUUAUGAUGCAUUAGAUGCAGUUAUUCGAUCAUUUUUUGCAUUUAUUUCACAGUCAUUAUUUUUUAGUUUGAUAAUAUCAUUAUUAGAACUCAAUUUAGAACCGGUAAUUUCACUUAUUAAUUUCCAUGUCAUUUUUAAAUUAGAACUUACAUUUCUGAAUUUUUGUUCAUAAAAAUUAAAUUUAGUUAGCCUUAUAGUUUUUGUGAAGUUAUUGACAUCACUACCGCCAUCAUACACUUCAGUCCAGUUUGCAUUAGCUAAUGUUGAUGUAAUUAAAUUAUAAUCAGUUUUACUAAUCAUUUUUUUACUAUUAAAAAAUUUUACAUUAAUUGGAAUUGACACAUAAAUUGUACAGUGGUCCGUUAUAUCAGUAGGUAUUACUAAAGCACUUAUUUUACUCGUUACGUUUUCAUUGCUAUAAAUAAAAAUAUGAUCUGAACAUUAAUUAUUAAAACUCUCAGAUAAUCUGGCAUAAACAUUAAUAAAAGAGAUGAAUCAACUUUCAGAUAACAUGUUAGGAUAAUUAUUAUUAUUCUCAUUUAUGCCAAUUGUAUUCACAUUUAUAUCACCUUUAAUUACUGUUAGAACAUUACUAGUUUUUAAUCCAUCAAUUUUCUUCUCUAAUGAGUUUAUGAAGUUAUCACUAUCAGAACCGGGAGGCCUAUAAAUACAUAUUAAAUUAAUAGGGACUUUAAUAUUAGAUAUAUAUAGUUUUAAAAAACUAGAAUCAACUAAAUCAAAUUCUUCUAAAUUCUACACUUGAGUAAUGUUUUGAAAAUACCAUCACACCGUCAUUUCGAUUUCUUUUUAUGGAAGAAAAAUACUGACUAUAGCCAUCUAAUACAUAAUCACACGAUAGAACACAAUGCCGAAUUUCCGUAAGUACAGUUACAUCGAUGUCUCUAUAAUUAACAUCAUUUUCAAGGAACAAGAGUAGUUCAUCAAAGCGUGCGUUAACACUUCUUAUGUUGCAACAUAUUAUAUUAAGAUAGUUCCUAUUAUCUUCAUUAUUUAUACAUACAAAUUCGGAGAACGAUUCAUAGUAAUUCGUUCUAUAAUUCAGAUAACCCGUACACACAUUUACCAUUAAAAAAAAAACAAAAUUUUUACACACUUAAAAUUAUUUACAAAGAUUGUUAACAGUAGAUACAAAUGAUUACUAUUUAGAUUAACUCAGUUAAAGAUAGAUCGUUAUCUAUUAAUAAAGCUUUUGAAGUUUCAUAUUUUUUUUUUAUGAAUACUUUCGAAUCUUUAAACCAAACAAACUUGUGACCAGAAUCACGGGCAAAUGAUUUGGUUUUGAGACAUAAGUUUCAAUGAAAUUGUGUUGAGUUGCCGUUAAUGUAAAUCGCAUCAUUUCUCCAAUUAGAAUCGACCUUAAUACCUGUUAAUUUGGUUUUCCCGGCGGUUUCAAUCAGGACUCUUUUGCAUUUUUGCAUUUGUUAAUUCAGCUACGAUUUUAUUUGGUCUUCUAUUGAAUUGUUUUGUUUUUUGGUUUUUUUUUUUUUACUCACAAUUACGUUCGGUUUCCCCAGGUAUUACGAUGACAGACGGUGACUCGUGGAAAGUGCAUAGGACGUUUGCCGUAAGGCACCUGAAGCUGCUUGGGCUGGGCCAGAGGAGGAUGGACGAGCUGAUUUGCAAUGAGUAUGGUCGGAUGGUUGAGAAGCUUGUAGGCGGUUGUGUGACGCCCACCCCGUACUUGCAGUCGGCCGUGAUGAACGUGCUCUGGGAGCUGACGGCCGGCGAACGGUUCGAGGAUCCAGAUCUGUUGUUGCUCAUGAGCAAACGGGGCGCCGCGUUCGACAUGGCCGGCGGACUGCUCAACCAGAUACCGUGGGCCAGGUACGUAGCGCCCGUGGCCACCGGUUACUCACUCGUGACCGAAAUCAACCGACAACUUUACGCGAUGAUAUCGGUGAGCGUGGAUAUAUAUUUAAUGACUACAUAAAUAUAUACCCUGCGGUGUAAGAUGUACAAAUUAAGCCACAACCUUUUGUUAAUAUUUUUAUUUUUUUCCGACAUUUCGAAUUUAUGUGUUCAUUCGUUAACUAUUACCCGAAACCAAAAUCUAUCACACACGUACUGAGGAAAAAUUCAUUAUAAAAAAAAAUGUAAAAAAUGUGAAUAAAAUAGCUAUGUUAGGAUAAUAAGGACGGGUGCAGCCACUGUUGUAGGUAGGCAGUUAGGAAGGUAGGAUAUAGACGAGAAUUUAAUGGAUAUCCGUACGCAACGAUUAUAACCAUUGCUAACGAAAAAACGAUUCUGAGCGGAGGUCGGUUGAAUUUUUGCUUUGGCAAUAAUAUAUACAGGCUGUCCCACGAACAUAUACCCCUUGAAUAUCUCUGGAGAUAAUAAAGAUAAUCAAAUUCUGUUUUUUUUUUAUACUACUCACAAGGAAGAGGACUACAAAUAAUUAUAUUUUAAUUUUUUUUUUUUUAAAUAACUUUAUUUUAUUACUUUCGAAAAAUUUUAAGAUGGCCAUUAUGUAAAGAUUAAUUUUCUGAAAAUUUUAAUGAAUCACACAUUUGACGAACGAUGAAUAGUUUCUAAAUAACAGUCAUUUUAAAUUCUACUAGUCCACGUGAAAACCGAUGUUAUCACGUAACAAAUAAUGGCUAUCUUAACAUUUUUUUUUAAUAAAAUAAAGUUAUUUAAAAAAAAAAAAUCAAUUCAAAUAUAAUUUUUUGUAGUACUCAUCCUUGUGAGUAGUAUAAAAAAAAAAUAAAUAAAAUUUGAUUAUCUUUAUUAUCUCCGGAGAUAUUCAAUAUUUGUUUAAUAUUGUACUUGUUUUCCUGGGUUUCCCAUGUUUUUUUUCCCAUUUAUUGAGAAAACUCCUGGGAAAAUCAAAAAAUGACCUCCCCAGUCAGAUUUUAUUUUAGAAAAAGGACUAUCAUUGUAAAUCGAAUCAAAAUUGCUGACAGAAAAAUUGUCUACAGAUAAAGAAAAAAAACUACAUAUAUAUGUAUGUUAUUGUAAAACCAAUACAAUCCUCGCUCCACUCAGAAUCUAAAAUGGUGAACAUAAUUUAUACAAUUUUUUUCUUCGGAAAAAGCCAUCGAAAUGAGCCAAGUCAUCUCGAACAUUGAAUCAUAACAGGCCAUUAACUUUUGGUGAUCGGAUCAAGUGGAAGUUUAGGACGCAGAUAGCCGUACGUAUUUUUAAACGUUCGAGACGGAAUUAAUAAUCCAAGGAGGAAGACAGUUUACCCGUCUUGUCCUGUCCCCAACAAUGGCUUUGACUCUGAGUAUAUACACGUAUACAUAUUUAAUAAUAAUAAUAAUAAUAUAUUAUUGUGCAGAAUAACAUAUCGGAGCACAAAAAGACGUUGACGGAUACCCCCAGAGAUUUUAUGGACGCGUAUUUACAUCGAAUGAAUCAAGAAGUUAAUAACAAUAAAUCCGAUACUAUGUUCACAGGUCAGAAUAGUUAAUAUUAAAUAUUAUUCAUUAAACAUUUUUGACCGAAUAAAAAUAAGCGUAUUUAAAACGUACAAAAAAAAAAAAAAAAAAUUGUCAAAUAGGUACCAGCUAACUGGACGGAAUUUAUACAUAAUUUGUAGUAUCCGUCAUAUAAACGUUAUGCAUAACAAAUUUGUGUUGAACAGAAUCAAGUUUGAACUAUUCGUUUUAAUAUUACAGUGAAUUGACCUAUUAUCAAACUUAAAGUUGAAAACUAGUAGAUUGUCUACAUUUUGAAGUAUCACAAUUUAAAAAUACUUAUAAUUUUCGCUUAAAAAUUAAAACAUCGGAAAAAAAUCAAUACAUAAACGCAUAUAAUGUUCUUACCUACCUUUAAGUGUAGGUAGUUCACUCCAAUAUUAAAACUAAAAUCACACAAUUGAUUCUACUAAAUGCGAAUUUAUAAUAUGUCGUAUGUAUAACACAGACAACAAAUUUCCUCUACAUUUUGUUACGUUAAGAAUUUUCAAAAAAAAUAUAUUUUUUAAAUUUUUUAUGUAUAGAAGAACAACUGAUAGCCGUGUGUUUAGACCUGUUUAUCGCCGGGUCCACGACGACCAGCAGCACUUUGGAUUUUGCCAUACUGGCCAUGGCUCGGUGGCCCGACGUCCAGGCCAAAGUCCGGCUUACCCUAGACGAGAUCCAACCGCCGGGCACGUAUAUAACGGCUGAACAAAUUUUAAAGUAAAUCGAAAUCACGGAUGAUGCGAAACGGGGGCGGUAGAAAAGGGGAAUGAUACAGGCGACGUAUCCCCCCUCCUAUUAGGCCAAUUUUUUAAAUUUCUAUAAGAGUACAUUGAAUGAUUUUUUUUCAGCUUGCUCAAUGCUCACUCCAUUUGUAUGGUUAAAUAAUGCACACAUUUAAAUUCUGACAUUUGGAAUUUUUAAGCAUAGUGAAAAACGAUAUUUUCGAAUACUUAAUUUUUCGCAACACUUAAGGAGUAUCAUGUAACAAUAUCGACUUUUUUUUUAUAGAUUUUUCUAAUGAGGACCUACAUGUUUAUUAUAAAUUAUCAGUCAGAUGUUUUGUCUGGAAAUGUUCACGUAUUUUAAACGAAAUGUGAACGAAAAAAAUUUGAAUUAUUCUAACACUAAAGAAUAAUAACUGCGCGAUCUAAAAUAGGAAUUUAUCUGUACAAAUGAAACAGUCGAUGUCCAAUCCCCAUGAAAUACUAUUAUUAUUAGUAAUUAAUGCAGAAUAACUCAAAAAUAUUUCCUUCAAAUUUCGAUUACAGUACGUUAACAUUAUAAAAAAAAAAAUCAUUAAUUUUCAUCAAAACAAGUAGGUUCUCAUUUGAUAGGCCAAUGUUGUUAUCACUAUAGUGUAUUGCUUAAGAUUACUCGACAAAAUUUUAUGUUGUGAAAUAUCUGAGUAUGCAAAAAUAUCGUUGUUCACUGCGUAUAAAAUUUCUAAAAGGCAACAUUUGAAUGUUUAAAAAAUCACCAUGUAUUUUAUAUAAUAUAUUCAUAUGUAUGAAAAAAAAUUAUGUAAAAAAAUAAAUAUUCUUGACAAAUUAUCCUCAUCCCCCCAAAUGACUAAAUCAUUCGACCGCCACUAGUGCGAAAUCAAUUAUAACCAUUAAAAAAAAUUUAAAAAAAAAAAUCUGUUUUAACAUAGAAACCGAUACGUGGAAGCUGUGUUGUUGGAAACGAAGAGACUCAAUCACGUCACGCCGGUUAUAGGCCCCAGACGCGUCUUAAAGAAUACUAACCUAAAAGGAUUUAGCAUACCAAAGGUAUACGAUGUACUUACUUUUGUUCUUAUCGAUUAGUUUGUGAUUCUUAUCAUAAUUUUAAAACCAAAUGACGGUACGCUGGUAUUGUGGAAAUAACAGCUCUAUUAUACAGUUAUUUACAUUCCCGAGCGAAAAAAAGCAAUUCAUUCCCAUUCAUCAUUUUCUAUUUUCAUAAUAAAAGCAAUCCUCAUUUACAUUCAUCAAAAUUUGGUAUGUUUUCCAAAAAUAUAUUUCAUACAGAAUAUUAUAAAUAAUAAUAAAAAAAAAAAAACGUAUUGCGUUCAAUUUUUUGUAAUUAUCGUUACUUUAUCGCGUUCACUAUUCUUUAUAAAUAAAAGGAAUUACAUUCAUAAACGCAUUCCUCUAAAAAAAAAUUACAAUAAAUGUACGCAUUCUUGUGAAUGCAUUCUUUCGAAACUUUAAGAUUUUAAUAUUUUACGACAUUUUGCUUUGUAGAACACAACAAUUUUGAUGAGUCUGUACUCAGUUCACUUGGACCAGUCAACGUGGGGCGAUCCCGAGGUGUUUCGUCCAGAGAGAUUUAUCGACAAAGACGGAAAACUGAUCUCGGCCGAAAACAUGCACUUUUUCGGAGGCGGUAAACGAUAGAAAUAUUACAAUAUAAUCAGUACACAUGACAAAAUACGAUAGUUUCAUUUUUUUUUUUUUUUCUAUAGGUAAACGGCGGUGUCCGGGCGAAACACUGGCCCAGCGGUUCGUCACCUUGAUGUUCGCAAACUUAUUGCACGAUUUCGUUAUCGAAAUAGAUCAGUUUCCCGACGGCCUAAACAGCGGCAUACUCCUGUCGACGAAACCUUACAAAAUCAAAAUGACCAAAAGAAAACGAAUCUAAUAUAAUAUACCUGAUA